ACGCUUCAUUUGCCACUAACGCGUCAUCUGUAAAAAGGGAGCUUUCCGCGUCAUCCUAUUCCAUCCCGCCUUUUCCAUUUACCAGGCGGGCACUCUAAGGCUUUCCCGCCAAACUUCAGAAAACUUGAGCUAAGCUAAUACCACCAUCGCAUCGCGCCUGGAAGUGUUUUUGCUCCAAGGUCUGUCUACAAACACCAUAUAGAAUUUUAAGAAACAUGGCAGAAGAUCAUAAAAAAUUCAUGUUGAAUAUCCUUGAAGACCUGACAAAGGAUGACAUGAGCAAAUUAGGAACAAUACUGAACAGCAAAAAAAUAGAAGGGCGUGAAAUCCCCUCAAAUAAGCUACAGAAUCUUGAUGAAAAAAAGGCAACACUAUUAUUUAUAUCCCAUUAUGAAGAACCUCUAAAAGCACUUGAGCAGAGCCUCUGUGAUAUUCCCAGAAUAGAUCUUGUUCAAAAGGUCCGUCUUAAAAUUGAAACUGAUGAGAAGAACCAUGAAGCUCAAAAUAAUGAGAAGGUUGCAUUAAUAAAAUCCUGUUCAGGAAGCAAUGACCGUCCACUAUAUACUGGUAAAUACACACUUGUUGAUCUGCAAGACUAUGCAACAAAGAAUCAAGACCAACUAAUAAUGCACCUACAAAACACCCUGGAACCUGAUCAAUUUAAUGCGCUGAAAAAGGAGCUGAUUUGUAGAGUGCUGAAUAAGGAUUUUUCAUUUACUGCUCAGAAAUAUUAUGAAUUGUUUAGAAACAGUGAACUGAGAGAAUUUUUGAAAAACAAUGGUAAACCAAAAAAAAUACCUAUGAAACUUCUUGAAAUUCUGUUCUCUAAGAAAAAAAACAACCGUAAAAGAAAGGCCCAGGAACAAAUGCAGGGAGAAGGCAACAAUUUGAAAAAGAAGCAAGAAGAAAAAAUAAUCCCAAUUCGUCCAAUGGAACAUAAAUCUGGUAAUGAAGAUAAUAAUAUGAUAGAACAACCUUGUCUGGAUGAUAAAAUUACACUUGGAACUGAAACUGAAAAAGUAAUCCCAAUUCGUCCCAUAGAACAUAAAUCUGGUAAUGAAGAUAAUAAUGUGAUAGAAGAAAGUUGGCUGGAUGAAGAUUCAAGAAUGGCCUUUGAGAACUGGUAUGAAAAAAAAAAAUACAGGGAAAAAAUCUCUUUCAAUUACAUUGGCAUUCAUGAGCACCAAGAAUACCCCUGCUUCAUAGCUGUGGAUGUAUUACAAUUCAGAUUGCCAGAUGACCAGGAUUAUCGUAUUCUCGCAAUUCUGCAGGAUAAAAGAGAUUUUACUAAUUCACAAAAGCUGAAAAAGGAGGCGGAAUUUGCAUUGCAAUUUAACAUGGCUGUUCUAGAUGUUAAACUUUCUGAAGUUAUCUCCCCUAAUAGAUGUCUUUCUGAGAUAACAGCUAAUAAAUCCUUUGGUGAAUCAAUUUUUUUUUUGGAAAAUAUUGUGUCUAAAAUUGUGUUGCCUGUUCUAGCACUGUUUAAGCAGGUAAAGUUAAAUGCUUUCAAGAAUGCUAAUUUUAAAAAGCAAAUCUUUCCAUGAGAAGAAGUUGCAAGUGUAGCUUCAAUAUUCCACUGAAAAUGUUAAUUCAUUUCUUGAUUAAAUUGUAAAUGAUAACUUGUGAUUGGAUACUUGGCUGAGGGAGAAUUCAUAUUUCCUUGUUCUCCCCCCCCCCCCAUUGUUUUUAGCUUCAAAAAGCAGAAGAUGUGAAAGCAGCAGCCAUUUUGAUUUCCCUCUGUUAAGAUAGGAAGUUCUGAUCUCAUUAUGGAUUACCACCCCUGCUUUUUUAAAUAUAAUAUUCGAAAAGCAGAUUUGUGAAAAAAAAAAUCAAAUUUUCAUUAUAAAACCUUCCUUUUUCUGAA